UGCUUCUCCAAACAACCAAUAAUAACAUAACACCAAAAAGAAAAACAAUUGAGAUGGCGGCACCCUCCUCAUCUCCCAACGUCAAAGAAGGACCACAAGUGUUCAUCAAUUUUCGGGGAGCAGAGCUACGUAAAACUUUCAUCUCCCAUCUCGAAAGUGCCUUGAAACGCAUCGGUAUCAACGCUUAUAUAGACAGUAACGAGCCAGCGGGCGAGAAUCUUCAUAAACUUUUUGAAAGGAUUGAGGAGUCGAAUGUCGCGCUGGCGAUCUUGUCCAGCAGGUACACGGAGUCAAAUUGGUGCUUGAAAGAGCUUGUGAAGAUAAUGGAAUGCGUGGAGCAAGAUAACCUAUGGGUUAUUCCCAUUUUUUACAAGCUGGAUCCAGGCACGGUGAAAGGACUUGAUGGAGACUUCGGUAUUCAGCUAUGGGAUCUGUGGAGGAAGACGGGUCGUAACCGAGAUGACCGGAUUCUUAAGUGGGAUGCAGCUUUGCAGGGAGUUACAAGCAAGUUUGGCUUGGUGUGGGAAACUAGCCGGUUUACUGGCAUUAAUUGAGUGAUCAGUAGAGGAACCUUGUGAAUUUGUCAUCCAGUUCAAACAAAUUUCUCCUGUUAACGUUUUUUUUUUUUUUUUUGUUAGAACUAAAAAUAACGUCUGGGAAUGAUUAAAAUUAGAAAGAAAGAAAUAAAUACAAAUAAGUAUAUAGCAACGUGCCAACGUCUAUAGAAAAAAAAAAGAUCAAGGCAAUAUUAUUGUUUGACUUGGCUUACACAGUUUACAUUCCACCAAUUAUACAAUGCAAGAGCCUCACUGGACACUGGGGUUUCCCACUUUGUUUCUAUGCAGUAACGACGCUGCUUUCGUAGAUGAUAUCAUUACACAUGUUCAGAAUGUCUUAUCCAAAGAUUUAUUACUGAGGGAAGAAAACACUAAACCCCGAAGAAGAGGAGCAAAGUAUUGGAAAAUAUUUCCGAUAUUAUUUCUUGUAACAUAUUUGUAUAUAUCUAGAGUUUCCACAUCUUGUAUUUUGCCAAUUCAGUUAGAUUAAUUUGAUGUACAAUGCAAAUUUUUCUAUCACUUCCACAAAACUCUCUCAUAUGGAAGUGAUAUGAGAUGGGUGAUGAAUCCUCUCAACUUACCUGAGGAGGAAGGACUAUCAACACUACCCAAAAACUCCAAGAUCAAGGAUUACGGUUGGAGGAUGAGGUAACCAUGGUCGUGGUGGCUGCGGUGGUGGGAGAUGAUUGAUCCAAAAAUAGCUAGAGGAUUAACUUUCCACUAGUUCCAUCUUUCUCUCCUUUUAGAAUAUGCUUCAAUGUAUGAUCUCUCCUUAUUUAACUUUCAAAACCUAUAUGAUCUACAAAUUA